CAGAAUUCGAAUCGACUAGUAGCAGUGUGGUACCGGCAUAUUCGAAUUGUGAACAUGGCGAAUUCCAUUGAAAUGGAUGGUGACUGGGAAAUUGAUGAUAUUGCUGUAAAGGCUCCAAAAGGGAAUAAAAAACUGUCCGUCGAGAGGAUUUAUCAGAAAAAAACUCAAUUGGAGCAUAUAUUGCUCCGACCUGAUACUUACAUCGGAUCAGUCGAACCCGUUACUCAAACUAUGUGGGUUUACGACGAAGGUGUUGGAUUAGUAAAUAGAGAAGUUACAUAUGUUCCUGGUCUGUAUAAAAUAUUUGAUGAAAUUUUAGUGAAUGCUGCUGAUAAUAAGCAAAGGGAUAAAAACAUGGAUAUGAUAAAAAUCGAAAUUAACCCUGAAAAAAAUAAAAUCUGUAUUUGGAAUAACGGUCGAGGUAUUCCAGUUGUGGAACACAAAGAUGAAAAAAUGUUUGUGCCAUCCUUAAUAUUUGGACAUUUGCUAACUUCUUCCAAUUAUAAUGAUGAUGAACGGAAAGUGACUGGUGGUAGGAACGGUUAUGGAGCGAAACUGUGUAAUAUUUUCAGUACCAAAUUCACAGUUGAAACAGCAUCCAAAGAUUAUCACAAACAGUUUAAACAAACUUGGAAGGAUAAUAUGACUAAAGCAGAAGAACCAAAGAUUCAGUCAUUUAGUGGCUCUGAUUUCACAUGCAUUACAUUUUAUCCAGACUUAACUAAAUUUAAAAUGACAGUUUUGGAUAAGGAUAUUGUUGCUAUAAUGACACGUCGUGCAUAUGACAUUGCUGGUUGUGCUCGUGGUGUAAAAGUUAUUCUGAAUGAUAAGCGGCUACCUGUAAAGAGUUUCAAAGAUUACAUUGGACUUUAUUUAACUGAUAAAACAGAUGAAAAUGGUGAUCCAUUAAAAAUAGUUCAUGAAGUUGCAAAUGAACGAUGGGAAAUAGCGGUUACUAUGAGUAGCAGUGGCUAUCAACAUGUGAGUUUCGUAAACAGUAUUGCUACCACUAAAGGUGGACGGCAUGUUGAUUAUAUUACUGACCAGUUAACAUCUAAAAUUGUGGAAGUGAUAAAAAAGAAAAACAAGGGUGGUAAAGAUGUUAAACCUUUUCAAAUUAAAAGUCAUUUAUGGGUAUUUGUAAACUGCCUUAUAGAAAAUCCAACAUUUGAUUCUCAAACUAAAGAAAAUAUGACAUUGCAAGUAAAAAAUUUUGGUUCUAAAUGUCAGUUAUCUGAAAAGUUCGUCAAUCAAGCUAUGAAAUGUGGUGUUGUUGAAUCUAUCAUGUCUUGGAUAAGAUUUAAAGCACAGACUGAACUUGAGAAAAAGUGUAGUGGGAAAAAACAUACCAAACUAAGAGGUAUUCCGAAACUGGAAGAUGCCAAUGAUGCUGGUACAAAGAAUUCUAUUGACUGUACUUUGAUUUUAACUGAGGGAGAUUCAGCUAAAUCUUUAGCUGUAUCUGGACUAGGAGUUGUAGGCAGAGACAAAUAUGGAGUGUUUCCUUUAAAAGGUAAGAUUUUAAAUGUUCGAGAAGCUUCUCACAAACAAAUUUUGGAGAAUGCUGAAAUAAAUAAUAUAAUCAAAAUCAUGGGAUUGCAGUAUAAGAAGAAAUAUGAAUCUGUAGAUGAUUUAAAAACAUUAAGAUAUGGCCGAUUGAUGAUUAUGACAGAUCAGGAUCAAGAUGGUUCUCACAUAAAAGGUCUGUUAAUUAAUUUCAUCCACCAUAACUGGCCAAGUUUAUUGCGGUUACCAUUUCUUGAAGAGUUUAUCACUCCUAUUGUCAAAGCCACAAAAGGAAAAGAAGAGAAAUGUUUUUACAGUCUUCCAGAGUUUGAAGAAUGGAAGGCUGAAACUCCAAACUGGAAUAAGUACAAAGUAAAGUACUACAAAGGUUUGGGUACCAGCACGUCAAAAGAAGCUAAGGAAUACUUUUCAGAUAUGAAACGACAUCGUAUUCGAUUCCACUAUUCUGGUACUGAAGAUGAUAAUGCCAUUCAAUUGGCAUUUAGCAAAAAGAUGGUAGAUAUGCGUAAAGAAUGGCUGACAAAUGGCAUGGAAGAAAGGAAACGCAGGAGAGAGUUAGGUUUACCUGAGCUGUAUUUGUAUGACAAAAAUACUACUGCAGUAACUUACAAUGAUUUUGUUAACAAAGAAUUGAUUCUGUUUAGCAACAUGGAUAAUGAACGAUCCAUUCCAUCGGCUGUUGAUGGUUUCAAACCAGGUCAACGUAAAGUUCUCUUUACUUGUUUGAAGAGGAAUGAUAAGCGAGAAGUCAAAGUUGCACAAUUAGUAGGGUCAGUUGCUGAACAAUCUGCCUACCAUCAUGGCGAACAAGCACUGGCUGGAACAAUUAUCGGUUUAGCUCAAGACUUUGUUGGCAGCAACAAUAUCAAUGUUUUGCUGCCUGUAGGACAGUUUGGUACUCGUCUACAAGGUGGCAAAGAUGCUGCAAGUCCGAGAUACAUUUUCACUAUGUUGAGCCCAGUUACAAGACAUCUUUUCUCAAGCUUUGAUUCACCUCUUCUGAAUCAUUUGUAUGAUGAUAAUUUAAAGAUUGAACCUGAAUAUUACGUCCCUAUUAUUCCUAUGGUUCUUGUAAAUGGAGCUGAAGGUAUUGGUACUGGUUGGAGUACCAAAGUACCAAACUACAAUCCUAGAGAUCUUGUGAAAAAUAUUUAUCGCCUACUUGAUGGUGAAGAGCCUUUACCAAUGAAUCCUUGGUAUAAGAAUUUUAGAGGUCAGAUUGAUCGCUUAGAUGAUCAACAUUUCCUAGUAAGUGGAGAAAUUGCCAUACUGGAAGAUAAUAAAAUUGAAAUCACUGAGCUGCCGAUACGAACUUGGACCCAAGCAUACAAAGAAAAUGUCUUGGAGCCAAUGGUUCAUGGAACAGAAAAGACACCAGCUUUUAUUACAGACUACAAAGAAUACCAUACUGAUACUACUGUUAGAUUUGUUGUUAAAAUGACUCCAGAGAAAUUUCAAUUGGCUCGAAAUCAGGGAUUCCAUAAAACCUUCAAACUGCAAACUUCUAUAUCCUUAUCUAGUAUGGUGUUAUUUGAUCAUCUGGGUGCUUUACGUAAAUAUGAAAAUCCAGAGCACAUUUUGAAGGAAUUUUAUGAAGUCCGUUUUGUUUUAUAUGAAAAAAGAAAAAAUUAUAUGGUUGGUGCAUUAGAAGCAGAAUCCUUGAAACUAAAGAAUCAAGCAAGGUUUAUUGUAGAGAAAUGUGAUAAUAAAAUCACAAUAGAAAAUCGUAGGAAAGCAGAGAUGAUUAAACUCCUGCAGGAUCGUGGAUAUGAUUCUGAUCCUUUGAAAGCAUGGAAAGAAUCUCAGAAGACUGAGGAGGAGGAAAAGGUAGAUGAGGAAUCAGAUACUGAAAAAGAAGAACGUACUUCUGGUCCAGACUAUGAUUAUUUAUUGGGCAUGACCUUAUGGAAUUUAACUCGAGAAAAAAAGGAUGAAUUAUUAAAGAAGCGAGAUGAGAAAAUUAAAGAGUUAAAUGAUUUAAAAUCUAAAUCACCUUCUGAUCUCUGGAGGAAUGACCUGAAAGUAUUCAUAGAGGAGCUGGAUAAAUUUGAAAAAGAACAGAAGGAUGAUGAAUCUGGUCAAACAACAAAAUUAAAGAAAAAGACAACUGGAAAGAAGAAAGCCUCUGAUGAAGAUAAGCCCUCACCAUUUGGAGAAAGAGUGGAUCCAACAAUUGAUGAAGAGUACAAAAAGAAAUGGGAGAAGAAGCCUACUGUUCCUGGUGAAGCCAAAAAAGGUCGUAAAAAGAAACUACCUGAUAUCAAGGAAGAAGAUGGGGAUGACCCUAAGGAAGUAUCUCUGUCAGAUAGAUUAAAUGUUCUACCAGAUAAAAAAGAAAAGGGCAAGGGUGCUAAAAGUGGUAUGAAGCAGACUACUUUAAAUUUCAAAUCUAUUGGAGAAAAGAAGAAAGGUGCUGCCAAAAGUCCCAAAAAGAAUAAAAGAAACCCCUGGUCUGAUUCUGAAUCAAAUGAUGACAUUUCAGAUUUAUCUGACAUGGAGGAUCUGCCCGAUGAUUACAUUCCUCCUGAAAAAAGAGAAAUGGCACCUCGACGAGCUGCUGUAAAGAAAAAGUAUAAUUUUGAUAGUGAUGAAAGGAAUAGUAAUAGUGACAGUGAAAGCAGAGAACCAUCACCUGUACCAGCAUCUACCAAUAACAGAAAUCAGGAUGAAAAGAAACUCAAUGGUAAUGUUUCUUCUGAUAUGUCUGAUGGUGAAAGCAAUCCAUCUGCAGCCUCGAAUUCUAAGGGACAAUCCAAUAAUGACUUAUUUGAUUCAUUAUUAGGUGAUAAAGGUUCAGAAAAACCUACUGUUCAAAACAAUGUUCACUCUAACAGUGAUUCUGAUUCUGAAUUUAAAAUAGAGGUAGAGAAACCUGCACCUAAAGUUGCUCCCAAAAAACGAGCUAGGAAAGUUAGUGAUGGGAGUUCAGAUGAUGACUUUAAGCCAAAAGCAAAGAAAGAAGCUCCGGCAAAGGCAAAGAAGCCAGCAGCUCCUAGAAAGAAAGCUGUCCCCAAGGAAGGUGGUGGUGCUGCUGCUAAGAAGCCUAGCAAACCAAAGGCAAAACCUAAGAAAAAAUCAGGUUCUGAUGAUGAAUUUGCAUUAUCUGAUAAUGAUGCUCCUACAUCGCAAACUGCACGUCAACCUCGUACUGGAAGAACAAAAGCACCUACAAAAUUUACUUUUGAUUCAGAUUCUGAUGAUGAUUUUUAGUUUCAUCGUAUGUAAUAAGGGAAAAGUUUGACUGCAGCUGCUAAAGAAAGUGCACAACUGACCUAAGCAAGAGUGAAUGUGAAAAUCUUCACAUUUUAAUAGAAUUAAUUUUGUUUUUGUUCAGCUUCAUUACUUGUAAUUUUCUCUCUGAUUCAUUUCAUUUUAUUACCAUGCAUCUCAUUGCUACUGUAAUUUACUAGGCAUUUAGAGUACUGAGAAUCAUUUUGAAUCUGUAGAUUGUUGACUUAAGUACUGCUGAAAACUGGCUUCUUUUGCUUCAUAUAAAUGCCCAAACAUUAUAUGUUUUGCUCAUAUAUUACAUUUAUUUUAAAAAUUUAGCUUUUACUUUUAUUAUUACUUUUUAAAUAAUUAUUUUGAUUAUUGAAGAAUAUGUAAACUUCAAGCACAUAAGAAUAAAUAAGUGUUUGAAAAGUGUAUUUUAAGAGGGAAUGGCUUUAUAAGCUAAUUUUGAAAUAGCAUUUUAUCUAUAUUUCUCCUUUUGUAUGCAUUUUAAUUCAUUCAGAAAUUUGAAUUGUAUUUAAUAAUAUAGUUUUCAGCUACCAAUUCCAGUAUUAAAUGACUAAAUUGUAUAAAUAAUUACUAAAGUAAUAAUUUUUGCAAAAUAAUAAUAAUAAUUCAACUCGAGUUGAAUGACUGCAAUUAUAAGAAAUAAGUGUCUACCAGAAAGUGCCGAGUUUAGGAAAUAUCUUUAUGCUGUUGCCCUAAAGAUCUAUUUCUGUAGUAACUGCAUUAAAAAGAAAAUUAAUAAUGCAUUUGCUAUGAAUCCAGUUUUUAGAGAAAUUGGAAGCUUUGAACCUUAAGUGCAUUAAUAAAAUGUGAUAUAAAAUAAACAGAUAUUUAUAAUAUAUUUUAAAUAAAUAUUUUUAAACUUUUGGGAAAAUUAAAUUUAAUUUGUAAUUUAAAUAAAAUUUAGGGUUAAUUAAAUAACAGUCUUGCUGCAAUAUGUCAAACAUUCACAUUUAGUAGGAAAUCUUCUUUACAAUGACUUUUACAGGUCUGCUUUAUAUUGAAAAAAUACAUUUUAAGAAGAGAAGAAAAUUUUGGUGAUUUCUUAUUAAACAAUUCUUUUGCUGUUAAAAAAUAUUUUAUUUUUUUUAAAUGAAUAUUUAACUGUACAUUAAGUAAUCUUUUAUUUGCAUUCUUUAAAAAUUAUCCAAAAUAGUUAAUGCUGAAAGUAAUUUGAAUUGUUGAGACAUGAUCAUUUUUAUUUUUUACAUUUAUGUAUUGAAAUGUUGUUUGAGCUUUCUAUAAUUGACCUUAUGUUCAUUUUUGAAUUUACUUUUAUAUAUUGAAAUUGUAUAUUUUUAAAGUGUCUUCCAGUUAAAAAAAAUUACAUUUUCAAUAUUCCUUUUUUAAUAAUUAUUGCCAUAUUUUUGGUUGCAAAUGGCAAAUUAUAACCCGAUUUAUUUAAUAUGAGUAGUAACAUUCGAGAGUUCAAAUGUGUAUUAAUGACUUGUACAAUGUUAAGCUCUGUAUCAAAUUUGUAUUUGUCUUCCCAUUAUUGUAAACAAUGAAUCUUUAUGCCAUCUAGAUACAAGCUCUUUUUU